UGGGAGAGACAGACAGACAUCCACAGAUACGGAGACCGUGAGAGGUGUUUACCCACCCGGGGAUUUAUAGCCACCGCGCGAACACGGGCGGCUAUCGCAAGGACGUCGUGAGUCUUCUGUAAGAAUGGAGAAGACGAGAGACGGGUCACCGGAGGGCCAGUAUAGCUGCUGAGGGGGAGAGACACUGGGUUAAUCCCCGUACACACGGUGGGGGAGGAGGAGGUGUUGUCCCUGCUGUGGCAGCGCCCGGGCCGGAGGCCUCAGAGGAGGAGCAGGAGGUAAAGAAAAACACUGCUGAACCCACGGUGACGGCUUGGGAAGGCAAAUCUCUCCAGACAGAAGCAUGGUUGAAGCGCAGGUAUUCAUUCUGCAGACAAUCGGCGAGGUGGCGAUAACUGCAAUAUGAACCGUGAAGAUCGGAACGUGCUGCGUAUGAAAGAAAGGGAAAGGCGAAAUCAAGAAAUCCAGCAGGGUGAAGACACCUUUUCAUCUAACUCUCCUCUCUUUGCUGAGCCAUAUAAAGUUACUAGCAAGGAAGAUAAAUUAUCAAAUCGCAUCCAGAGCAUGCUGGGAAAUUACGAUGAGAUGAAGGAAAUGAUAAGUGACCGUCCUUUGAUCGUUGGAAUUCCAAAGCCAACAGUUCCACCACCAGAUGAUAAAUCUGGACAGGGCUUCUUUGGUGAUCAGAGACACAGCAGCUCUCAUCAGAGCAAUAAAUGGACUCCUGUGGGCCCGGCCCCCAGUACUUCUUCCCAGUCUCAGAAACGAUCCUCAUCCAGCUCACAAGGAGGACACAGUAGAAGCAGCGGUAGUAGCAGCAGCCAGAGGCACGAUCGAGAGUCCUACAGCAGCAGCAGCCGUAAAAAAGGGCAGCACGGGUCAGAUCACUCCAAAUCCCGCUCAAUCAGCCCAGGAAAACAGUCUGCAUUAACCUCUGGUCAUUCCCGCCCUCACGGGAAUGAUCACCACAGCAAGGAACGCCCCCGUUCAAAAUCCCCAAGGGACCCAGAAGCUACUUGGGACUCUCCAUCUCGAGCACCUUCUUUCUCAAGCGGGCAGCACUCUACUCAAACCUUUCCCCCGUCCUUAAUGUCAAAGUCUAAUUCGAUGUUGCAGAAACCUACAGCUUAUGUACGACCCAUGGAUGGGCCAGAGUCUAUGGAGCUAAAACUGUCCUCUGAACACUACAGCAGCCAGGCUCAAGGAAGUAACAUGAGUGAACUGAAACAGAAUAGCAAAGCACACCUAACGAAGCUGAAAAUACCCUCCCAGCCGCUGGAUGCAUCUGCUUCUGGUGACGUAAGUUGUGUAGAUGAAAUCCUCAAGGAGAUGACCCAUUCAUGGCCUCCACCUCUGACUGCUAUACACACCCCGUGCAAAACUGAACCCUCAAAAUUUCCAUUUCCUACUAAGGAUUCGCAGCAGGCUAGCUUUGCCACCGGUGAACAAAAAAGACUAAAUCCAUCAUCAAAAGCUACUAAUGGUCAUCUACCAAAAUCUAUGCUGAAAGAGGACCUAAAAAUAAGCAGCAGCGAAGAUAGUGACGGAGAUCAGGAAUGUGACAAAACUGUACCUACGAAUACACCAGGAAGUAAUUCUGAGCCCUCACAGCAUAACAGUGAAGGAGCUGAGAAUUCCAGAGAUGACUCAAGCAGCCAUAGUGGAUCAGAAAGCAGCUCUGGAUCAGAUUCUGAGAGUGAAAGCAGUUCUAGUGACAGUGAGGCCAACGAACCAUCGCGUAGCGCUUCACCAGAGCCCGAGCCUCCUCCGUCAAAUAAGUGGCAGCUGGAUAACUGGUUGAAUAAAGUAAAUCCACACAAAGUGUCUCCUGCGUCUUCGGUCGAAAGCAAUAUUGCAUCAUCCCAAGGAUACAAAAAGGAGAGCCAGGAACAGGGAUCAGGAGCUGGGUACUCGGAGGCAAGCGGGCCAAAGGAGUCUAAUGCAUCAAUCCCUGUCAGAGACUCCAAGACGGCGCAGAAAGGCUCUGAGGGCAGCCGAGGUAGACAGAAGUCUCCUGCUCAAAGUGAGAACGCCACUCAGAGGAGGACCAUUGGCAAAAAACAGCCCAAAAAGGCUGAAAAGGCAGCCGUAGAAGCACCCAGAGGUGGACUCAAAAUAGAAAGUGUGACGACGGCAGAAAUGACUACAAAUCUGCCACCUAACAGACAUAAGGCUGCUACCAAGGGCUCUCGAAAACCAAACAUAAAGAAGGAACCCAAGUCCUCUCCUCGUCCUGCAACGGAGAGGAAAAAAUGUAGGCCUCCAAGUAAACCGUCCCAGAAGUCCAGAGAGUUUGUUGACACAGAUACCUCAUCAUCUGACUCUGAUGAAAACGAGAGCCUUCCUCCUUCUUCCCAAACCCCCAAAUAUUCCGAGAGCAAUAGGACUCCCCCCGCAAAGCCCUCCGUAGAGGAGGAUGAUAGCUUUUUUCGACAGCGAUUGUUCUCUCCUAUGGAAGAGAAGGAGCUUCUGUCUCCACUUAGCGAACCAGAGGACAGGUACCCUCUUAUUGUAAAGAUUGACUUGAGCCUGUUGGCCCGGAUACCGGGAAGGCCUUACAAAGAAGCAGAACAGCCGAAGGCUGAAAAGAGUGCGCCAGAAAAGCACCCUAAAGAAAUCAUGAAGCAGACUGAAAAAAGUUCCAGCAAGGGAAAGAGGAAGCACAAGAAUGACGAUGAGACAAGGGGCAGUGAAAGCAAGAAGCCAAAACUGGAAGAAAAGACUUCAAGCCACAAAGCGUCCAACAGAGAGUCUUCAAAACUGAACCCAGUGAAAGAGAAGGACCCGCUCCCAUCACCCGCCCCUUCUGCACCGCAGAAAGAUAUCAAGACGGAGCACGCGCCUCGCAAAAGGACAGUCAGUCAGUCGUCCAUAAAAUCGGGCAGUAGCGGCAGCACCAAGGACAGUAGCACCAAAAAUAAUUCAUCUUCCAAGCAAAGAAAGACAGAAGGAAAGUCCUCAAGCAGCUCAAAGGAAUCAAAGGAGAAACCCUCAAGUAAUACAAAUUCUGUUGCCUUCAUACCACCGAUUGAUAACAAAUGCCGGAGAGCCAAGCUGACUUUUGAAGACAGAACCCAUUCAGCUGAUCAUUACCUGCAAGAAGCAAAGAAACUGAAACAUAACGCUGAUGCUUUGUCUGACAGAUUUGAAAAAGCCGUCUACUACCUUGAUGCUGUGGUAUCUUUCAUAGAGUGUGGCAAUGCUUUAGAAAAGAGCGUUCAAGAGUCCAAGUCUCCGUUCCCAAUGUAUUCUGAAACGGUGGAGUUAAUAAAGUAUACUAUGAAAUUAAAGAGCUCUGCGGCUCCCGAUGCGACAUCAGCAGAUAAAAGGCUCGGCGUGCUUUGCCUUCGUUGUCAGUCUUUGCUGUACCUGAGGUUGUUUAAAUUGAAAAAAGAGAGCGCUUUAAAAUACUCAAAGACGUUAACUGAACACCUAAAAAAUUCAUAUAGCAAUUCCCAAGCUCCAUCACCUGGGAUGGGAAGCAAAUCUGUUAGUAUGCCUUCCCCGGUGUCUCCGAAGCUGUCACCGGGCAAUUCGAAUAGCUAUCCCUCCAGCGUGCCCAGUUCCACAGGGGGGACAACUUCAGUGACGAUUCCACAGAGGAUCCACCAGAUGGCUGCCAGCUACGUCCAAGUCACCUCCAACUUUCUGUAUGCCACUGAAAUUUGGGACCAAGCUGAACAGCUCUGCAAAGAGCAAAGUGAUUUUUUUACUGAACUGGAUAAAGUUAUGGGCCCCCUGAUCUUUAACACAAGCACCAUGACAGAACUGGUACGCUAUACCCGUCAAGGCCUGCAUUGGCUACGCCUGGAUGCCAAGUUGAAACAUUAAGGACCCGAACAACCGGAACAGGAAUUCUCCUCGCUGCCUCUAAUUUUCUCCAGAACACUGUGUUUUUGUUGAGAAGGAAGACUGCCCUAGCAGAAUGGCUGUCACAAGGGACAAACUGUUUUUCCACAUCUUUGUUGCAGCCAUAUUCAUAAAAACUCCCUAAUUAUCUUUUUAAAGGACAUGUUGAGUUUUUUUUCAAUUUUUAUUUAAAGGAAAUAUUUAAAAAUAUUUUUCAAAGUAGCAUUAUAAAUGAUCUCUCCCACCUCUCUUUUACAAGAUGAAUCGAUGUUCCUGAUAUAAAGUUUUUAAACUAUUUAUUUUAUUAAGCCUAUUAAAUCAGUCAAGGGAAAGUAUUUUUCAUCCCAAGCCAAUGUAGGAGAUGUCUACAUUUAGUGCAUUAACAAAAAUGACUUUUUUUUGUACAUUAAGGAUUGGACUGUCUGAUCCAUUUAAAUGGUAACUCCAAAAACAAAAAAGCUCAGUGCUUUCAGGGGUGACGUUUCUUUUUUUGAUUUCUCCUACACUUUUUGCCUUCCAAGUACUUUAUAUGAUGAACUUAUGCAUUUCAUGUUUUUAUGGUUUGUGGGCUUUGUUCUUUCGUACUGUCCGUUAGACCUGAUGAAAGCUCCGUGCAUUUUAACAUGUAGUGAUAGGGACUUAUUAAUACACAACAUACAGAAGAUAGAAUUUCAGGUGUUCACAAAUGUCUACAGUUUAUCACUUCGAGCGAAAGAGAAGAUAGAACAGGAAACCCAAAAGGUAUACUUCUAUGUAUAAAAUAUCAUAAGCAAGAAGAAA